GACGUCAUGGAAUGCGACAAUGAAAGCGCCACUCCAGUCUAAUUGGGCCUGUCACAACCUUGACGUAUACGCAGCUGGUAGCGAUGCUGCUUUCGGGCCGCCCCUCUCGGCGUGGACGUGCUUUUUCUCGGUGAGAAGAGGUGUGCGGGAAGGCGAUGAGGAUGAGUCAGAGGGCCUUUUCGGUCAAGACGCGUGUGGACGCUGGGGGAAUCCACGCCAGCGACACGCGGUCAGGCUCUCUGCCGAGGAUGACCCCGCAGGCACGCAACGUGCUUUUCCAAACUAAAACACAAUUGCACAAAACCAUGGACGACAAGAAGUUCAAUCCGUAUAGAAAAACUGAAGAAAUAAAGCUGAAGUUGCCUCCAAUCAACAAUGUUAAGACCAGGAUCCAUUCCUCGUACUCCAACAGCAUCAAGGAUCUGAAGAACCAGAACUAUGACCUGAAGCUGCAGCUGAUUGAAGUGAAGACUGAGACCAAGUUGUUAAAGAAAGUCCAGCAUCGCCACACGGUGGCACUACAGAAUUACCAAGACACUGAAGAGAGCAUUUCUGAGGUGCUGACACAGAACAACAACGAGGUCCGAGACUUGCAAAAGCUGCUGUGUGGGACGCGCACCUGUCGUAACAACCUGGCGUGGAAGCUGCAGGUGACAGAGAAAGAGCUGACUGACGUUAAAGAUAAGAUCCAACAGCUGCAGCGGCGGGUCGUCAAGGAACAAACCUUGCCGGCGAAGGACGAACUGUCUCGCAAGCUGACCGAGGUCUCUGUCCAACUUCAGGAGAAGGACAGGCGAAUACAGGAUUUGGAGAAGUGCAACAUACUUCUACGAGGCUCCCUCAAUCGGCAAGCGGCAACGGAACACAAAAAGAUCACAGCAGCCAGGAAGACGUCUUACUGUCUGCAGACGCAAGUUUAUGAGUUAAAAAAAGAAAGUCGGGACAUCAAAAGAGAGCUGGAGAUACACAACAUUUAUGCCUACAGGCUCAACCAAACGAAAAAGAAAGGCAAACUGAACAAGAUGGUCCAGACCGAUGUUGUGUCUGCCCCGAACAGCAGGGGUGACAGUCUCAAAAAGUCGGAAGAGUCUGAACUUGAAGAGAAGCCACCUGUCGUCAGUCAUCCAGUGAUCCCUGAGAGACAGGUUUAUCAAACGACUCGACCGCCGCCACCGCCGCCUGUUCCUGAGAAAUGUCCGCCUGUGUCGGAGGAUAUUGAUCAACAUGCAGUGGUUGAAGAAAUCCCCAGUCAGCCACCUGCGAUAGAAUACAUUCCAGUAGUGACAGAAGAGAAGAAGUUAGACUUGGUGGUGCCGGAGCAGCCACAGAAGCGAGAAGAUCAGGUGGUCUGGAUCCCAACACCGCCUGAACACAAAGGACGCAACCCACGAGCCACAAGCAGACAAAAACAUAAAUACAUAUUCUCACCGGUCAUUGAGAACUUGCAUAAGGGGAGGCCGGCCUACAGUGGCGUGGACAUGAACGAAUACAGAGCCUUUCAGAGAAAGAAGGUGGUAUCUGUGAGUCAAACAUGUUCCGGAAGUUCACCAGCGUGGAAAUCGGAUUACAUGGGUGACAGCUCCACAUGCGGUGACGACACACCCCGACCUGAAGUGGUGUCUAUUUUGGCACAUGAGUCCAACCAGAGUGUCUCUGAAAUAGGCGCUUAAGAACUUAGGUUUUAGUACUCGAUGGAUGAGUAUUUUACUUUACAUUGGCCUGCUAGGAUAUUACAGCAGCUGGUUUAACAGCAUUUUAUUUGGGAGGCUCUUUGCAAGGGCUCAGGUCUUUGAUCGAAUACUGAACUUGAACUGAACUCCCAAUUAAUACACCUACACUCUCUGAAAAGGCCAAUAAUAGCAAAAAUAUGUAGGUUGACGCUAAUGGCCAGUCUGAGAUGUAGCAUAUUGUCAAUAGAUACAGUACAUAGAUAAUAGCCUUUGACACCAGCUACCUCCGUCCUCAUGUUAAAGGUUAUUCAAUAUUAUUGCUUUGUUUUCGGCCGAUGGUCUUUGUAGAUCAGUUUGCGCCAACAGUGAACAUAUUCCUGACCUUUUCGCUUAAGCUACCUCAGCCAUUUUGAGUCUCCAAAAGACUCCAUUGGCAUCAAACAAUAUUUCCUGAAUAUUUGGUUGUAUGAAUGACUUGAUCUGCCUGUCUACCUCAGCUACCUUGUGUUGGAUAUUCAAAAUAGGGUUUUCUCGCUCUGACAAAGAGCAGUGAAUGUUUGAAUAUUGCUUCCAAACUAUGGACUAUAUGGACUUUAUGGCAGACUGUUGCGGUACUGUGUGGUCCCUCAGAUGCAGACUGAGGACAAAAACAGACAAAAGACCAGCUACCGCAGAGAGGCCCUUCAGAAAGGCACUCCUUCACUCUUAAGUCUGCAUAUGUAUUCAGGUAUGUGUAUGCAUGUACAAAAACAGGAAUUAAAGGGUUUAUGUAAAAGAUUGUUCUUUGUCUUGUAUAAUCCAAAUACAGUUCACUUUGAUUCACCAUGGUAGAGCUGGCUUGCAUUUCAACUGCAGUCUUGAAAAAUAACCAUACAAAACGGGAGUGUAAAACCUGCCAUAAAAGGAGUUUGA